AUGUCAAGCACCGGAUUGCCUGAGCCUUGGAUUCUAAAAAUUUCACGAUCAAGGAAUCGUCCUUAUUUCUUUAACCCGCAAACCCAAGAAUCUUUAUGGGAGGCUCCGCCGUCUACGAACAUGGAUGCUUUGCGCCAGUUUAUGGACAGAGAGUUCACUGUCCCAAAAACGACAGGUUUAGAAGCACCCUCUUCUCCAAAAGUCCGUGUUAGUCAUUUACUAGUGAAGCACAGGGAAAGUCGUCGACCUAGUUCUUGGAGAGAGGAACAUAUCACCCGCAGCAAGGAAGAAGCUUGGAACCGAAUCCACUAUUUCCUCAAUCUGAUCAAAGAGGGUACCAUCAACGUCAACGACCUUGCUGCUAAAGAAUCAGAUUGCAGCUCGGCUCGCCGGGGAGGUGAUUUGGGAUUUUUUGGAAGAAACGAAAUGCAAAAACCGUUUGAGGAUGCCGCUUUUGCUCUACAACCAGGAGAAUUGAGUCCAGUCGUUGAAACAAACAGUGGUUUUCAUUUGAUUCAACGUACAGCUUAA